CUUUCUUUUUGCGCAUUCAUCCGAUUUUGUCUCUUUUCCCUCAUCUGGUGGCGUUAGUAUUGCGAAGCACAAAGCGAGACAGACGAGUGAGCAUCAGACUGAAGGUGAAGAUGUUGGCUGUGUUCGAUCGGACGGUUGCGAAGAUCCCGGAGGGCCUGAGGGCCCCGGCGGCGGAGCUCGGUGAGGGCGGUAGCCGCUUGAUGGGCCACUUCUCGGCGACGCGGGAUGGCGCAGUGGUAGUUAACCUCGGCUCUGGCGGGGCCAUGGCCUACACACCCGAGAAGCACAACCCUUUCUUUCCAAGAUUUCUUGCUGUUGUGGAUAAUGUAUUUUGCUUGUUCCAAGGGCAUGUUGAGAAUAUUGCUUCUCUGAAGCAACUAUAUGGAUUGGGCAAGACCACCAAUGAAGCGAUCAUUGUAAUUGAAGCCUAUAAAACAUUAAGAGAUAGGGGACCAUUCCCUGCAAGCCAAGUUGUCAGAGAUCUCCGAGGACAUUUUGCAUUUGUUCUGUUCGAUAUCUCAUCAAACUCCACCUUCAUUGCGGCUGAUGCUGAUGGGAGAGUGCCUUUCUUCUGGGGAGCUGAUUCAGAAGGUCAUCUUGUACUUUCUGAUGAUGUCGAUAUUGUCAAAAAGGGGUGUGGGAGAUCAUUUGCACCAUUUCCUAGAGGUUGCUUCUUCACUACCUCUGGGGGCUUGCAGAGUUUUCAGCAUCCUCUGAAUGAGCUUAAAGCAAUACCAAGGGUUGACAGCCAAGGUCAGGUUUGCGGUGCCAUCUAUGAGGUUGAUGACCAGACCAAAAGAGAAACCAGGAUGCCUCGAGUUGGCAGCACUGCAAAUUGGUCCUCCCAUUAUUAACUUUGCAGCCAUCAUCCUUCAAUAAGCCAUUGCUGCUUUGUUGUUCAUGGCUAACAAGCCAUGAACCCUUAGCAUGUAACAUUAUUGUGGAUAUUCUGAUGGAACUGUAGUUUUUCUUAACAGUUAUUGCUCUCCCUGUUCUAAGUGGGAGUUAAAGUUUCACCAUUAGCAUCAUGUUUCAAUAAUGAGAGAAAUAAAAAAUAUUUAU